AUGUUUCGUUUUAGGAAGUCAAGGGAGCCGAGACAGAUUGAUCCCGGGGCUAUUGUUGCUGCUAACACUAUAGGGAAAGCGCUUGUUCCAUCUCAGAACAGUAUCGGUGGACAGGUGGUGGAUAAGGAUAAGAUUCCUCGGUAUAACAGUUUUACUGGUCGGAGUUACUCGUUGGUUAAUAAGAGUCAGGGAGGCGCAGCAGCGGCAGCGAAGAAGCCUAUUUCGCGCCAGAGUUCGGUGAGACAUAGUAGCAGUGGGUCAUCUCGAUAUGGGUCCAUGCAAUCGUCGAGUGAGAAGAGCGGAUCAAAGGUAAAAAGUGGAGGGAGGAGUUCGAUGACGAAAAAGAUGAGCAAGACUCCUUCGAAUGGGUCCUCUGCUAGUUCGCGGGCUGAAGCUGAGCGAGUUUUCCAUGAUUUUGGUGGUAAGGAAGCGAAGGCGAAGUAUGUGCCUGGUCCCAAUGGUCUGAAGCCUGCGGAUGUAACGAAAGGCACACCGAAGAUGAUUUCUAAAUAUAUACCUAGUAGUCAUGGGUUGAUCAAGGUUGAAGUACCAGAAGAUGAGUAUGAGGCUGAAAGGAAGAAUAGUAUCAGACGUUCUGCUUCGAUGCGUUCUGGUAUGACUGGGCCAAGACACUCGCUAUCGUCGAAGAGAAGCCAGAGUUCGUUACGGUCGAACUCGUUUGGGAACAAGACGCCUAGUGGGACUCCGUUGAGGAGGCUAACGGAGGUUUCUGCUCUUGAGGAGAAGAAGGAUUCGCGUACUUCGUCACUUGUUGUUAAGCCACUUACUUUCACGAAAAGGAGCCAGUCGCCACAAACCCCAGAGAAGCCUGCUACGAAGGAUUUGUUAGGUGCUGCUCUUUCGGACGAACCCAUCAGGGAGACAUCUGUUACGGACGAUCAGUUUGUGGAGGCGGAGUUAGAUGAAGAAGCCGAACCAGAAGUGCUAAAUGAUGAGCCUGAGGCGGUAGCUCCAGUAUCCGAUACAGAACUAGCUGAAGUAGAGGAGGUUGAAGAAGAGGAGGAGGAGCCAGCAAACAUCGACGAUGUUUUAGAAGAGGCAGAAGAGCUAGAGGAGGAGCAAAAACUCGAGGAGGAGCAAAAACUCGAGGAGUCGAAACCUGAACCUUCAAAGGUCGAGGAAGCUAACGAGGAGCCAAAGGAAGAAGCUAACGAAGAGCCAAAACUUGAGGAGCCAAAACUUGAGGAGCCAAAACUUGAGGAGCCAAAACUUGAAGAUGUUAAGGUAGAAGAACCUAAAGAAGAUCCAAAACUUGAAGACACUCAAGUAGAGGAACCUAAGGAAGAACCUAAGGAAGAACCAAAGGAAGAACCAAAGGAAGAACCAAAGGAGCAACCAAAGGAAGAGCCUAAGGAAGAGCCUAAGGAAGAGCCUAAGGAAGAGCCUAAGGAAGAGCCUAAGGAAGAGCCUAAGGAAGAGCCUAAGGAAGAGCCUAAGGAAGAGCCUAAGGAAGAGCCUAAGGAAGAGCCUAAGGAAGAGCCUAAGGAAGAACCUAAGGAAGAGCCUAAGGAAGAACCUAAGGAAGAACCAGCGGUGGAAGAUGUUAUGUUAGAGGAAGCGACUGAAGUUCAGAAUGAAUCUAAGAAAGAAUCUGAGGAAGAACCAAAGCAAGAAGUCAAAGAAGAAGCUAAGGACGAACCAAAGCCAGAAGUUAUAGACUCAGAAGAACUCCCAGAGCCAACUGAAAGUCAGAAGAUUGAGGACACAGUAACUGAACACCCCUCGACAGUCAUUAAUGGGGGCGUAGAAAAUAACAAAACGGAAGAAGUUACUGUUGUCAAUGAAACUACCACUACCGAGCUACCUAAUGGCAAGCAGCCCGAAACUGCAAAAGAUACUGUAGAAACUAUCGAAUCACCAAAGUCGGAUGAUGAUAUAGAAGGAACCAAUAAAAGCUCGCUGGCUCAAUAUAUCAGAUCUGCAAACCCUGAACUACAAAGAGUAGCAGAUGAUAACAGCAUCAAUCUUCCAAAGAAUCCUCUUGAAAAGUCUCCUUCACCUAUUAAAUCAGCCAUGAAAAAGACUAAAAAAAGUGCCCUCAAGAAUCCACAGGCAGCACAUGCAUCUGGUGCUUACCUGUCCCUAACUACAAAGGAAAACACCAGACUGAAUGCUCAACUUUCACAUGAAAACCUGAGAGAAACAGCAUCUGCAGGCAGCGGGAAAAGAUUGAAUUCUCCAUCUUUAAAGAGGAAUCAAAGACCUCAGUCUAUGAUGGCUCAAAGAGUGAACGGCGAUAGACGUUCAUUUAUACAAACAAAUUCCCCUGUAUCGCCACGUAAUGACACAAGACCCAGAAGCAAUAUAGGAAAGCCUACGGUAAACGCCAAAGCUCUGCAAAACAGUGCAUUGUAUCCAAAAGAACCACCACAAAAGCGUUCCAGUUUUGAAAAGCAAAGGCCAACGCCUACAAGCUUUGCAUUCCGUAAUCUAUCUCUAAGACAGGAACCGGAGCAGUUUGAAACCCAGCCACUACAAGAACCACUCCAACCUCCAUCUGCUCAAUUCAAUGGCAGGUCCUCGAGGAACUCCACUCCACAAAAGGCACCAGUUCGUAGCAGCAUACAUGUAUCGACGCCCACAUCAACUAAUACUACUACUGGUGGAGAGUAUGCCAAACCAAGACCAGCCUCCAACAUUCCUGGCUUCAAAUCUAGAUUCGCUGAUUCUGAUUCCGAUGACGAAUCGGCAACUCAGAUGUUCAGCCAACAGGGAAGUCGGUCUACCCAACUAUCCAGCCAGUAUGAAACUGCUCCAACUCCUCCAGUACCAUACAACCCUAAUGCCACUCUAAGGCCAAUAAAGGAGCCUGAGUCUCAAAGUCAUUCUAAUCAUAACCACCACUUCCCGUCAUCUCACAAACACAAACAGAACGGAGUGCCCACUGAAAAGAAGAAGGGAACAUUCAGCAAAUUGAAGAAACUAUUCGGCAAGAAGAAACAUUAA